CCAGCGUGCGCGCCGCGUCGGGUAUAAAGCUUAGCUCCAGCCCAGCUGCUCGCAAGAAUCCAUCCUAUUCUCUUCUCUCCUGUCCUGUUCGAUCUUCUAGCAAGUAGACCACUCCGAGUAACGCACCCGUCUUCAAGAAUCAAGCCCCACCGAUGGCGAGCGCUCGAUCGCGUUUGAUCCUCCUGCUUGUCUUCCUCGCCGCUGCCUCGUCCCCGGCCUCGGCGUGCGACCGGUGCGUGCGCCGGUCCAAGGCGGCGUACCGCGCCUCCUCGCCGGUCCUCGACAAUGCUGGCUCCUGCGGGUACGGCUCCCUGGCGGCGACCUUCAACGGCGGGCUCCUCGCGGCCGCGAGCCCCGCGCUGUACAGGGGGGGCGUCGGCUGCGGCGCGUGCUACCAGGUCCGGUGCACGGACGCCGCGCUCUGCAGCGCCGCGGGCGCCACGGUGGUCGUGACGGACCAGGCGCGCACGGCCACGAACCGCACCGACCUCGUGCUGAGCGGCGCGGCGUACGCGGCCAUGGCGCGGGGCGGCGGGGGCACGGCCGCCGCGCGGCAGCUGAGGGAGCGGCGCGCCGUGGGCGUGGAGUACAAGCGGGUGCCCUGCGAGUACGCGCGCCGCCGCAACCUGUCGGUGCGCGUGGAGGAGGGCGCGCCACCGGGCGGCCUGACGAUCAGGUUCCUGUACCAGGGCGGGCAGACGGACAUCGUGGCGGUGGACGUCGCGGCGGCCGGGUCGUCGAGCUGGAGGUCCAUGACGCGGGAGCGCGGCGGGCCGGCGUGGAGCACGGGCCAGGCGCCGGCGGGGCCGCUGCAGCUCCGGAUGGUGGUCACCGGCGGGUACGACGGGAAGUGGGUGUGGGCAGAAGGGGAGGUCCUCCCGCGGCGGUGGGCCGCCGGCCGGGUGUACGACACCGGGGUGCAGAUCGCCGACGUCGCGCUGGAGGGGUGCUCCCCCUGCGACGCCCGGGAGUGGAAGUGACACUUGCAGAGACACGAAUCCCGGUUGUACAGUAGAGUCGUUUGCUUUUGAUCUUGCUCGUGCUAAUCCCCUUCCUCCUUUCUUCUUGGAUGACGAUUAACGAAGCGGAAUGAAUCGGGUGGAAGAGUCA